GUGGGAAUCGCGCUGUUGCGUAGUAGGUAAAGUCAUACGGUAGGUAAAGUGUGUGUUUGUGAAGAGGCUCAUUGCGAUAGGAAACGACAUGAUGAUCAACGAUACCGGUUUAUGUUUGUACGUGUGGUGCACGGCUACAAUUGUGACUGACGAUGUUAGAACUAAGUGUUUCAGCAGUGACAAUGAGUUGUGAUCUUAGUAGUCGUCCUUAUUCGGUAAAGUCGCCGUCGUCGUCGCCGCCGUCGUCGUCGUCGUCGCCGUCGCCGUCGUCGUCGUCGUCGUCGUCGUCGUCGUCGUCGUCGUCGUCGUCGUCGCCGCCGCCGCCGCCGUCGCCGUCGCCGUCGCCGUCGCCGUCGCCGUCGCCGUCGCCGUUGCCGUCGUCGUCGCCGUCGCCGUUGCCGUUGUCGUUGUCGUCGUCGACGCCGUCGUCGUCGCCACCGCCGCCGUCGUCGCCACCGCCGCCGUCGUCGACGCCGUCAUCGUCGCCGUCGUCGUCGCCGUCAUCGUCACCGUCGUUAUCGCCGUCGACGUCGCCGUCAUCGUCGUCGUUACCAUCACCACCGUUGCCAAGAUUGGCCGCCCUAACAUUUCUGUCCAACAUCUCCCUCGACGGCAGUCACCGGGAUACCAAGUUAGCCGUCUUGUCACGAGAUGGGCCGACACACGCGCGUACACUUAGUGAUGGCCAGUCGGAACAACACACGGUGCUCGAGAUCUGUCAGAGCACCGACUUCGAAGUCUCCAUGGAGGAGGUUCUAGACGGUUGUCCAGAGGAGACGUAUGAUUCCCUGCAGAAUGAAACGAUAGAACAGACCAAUUCUCCACUAGUGCACAAGAACGCUGAUCAUAACUCAUUCAGUUCUGAUUCGGAUGAAGUACUCACUCCUGCUAAGGCAGCAGUUAGCAUGUUUUUGGAGCAGGAAAGAAGUCACCUGCAACUGUCAUGUGGCGUGUACAGCUCGUUCAGAGAACGUACGGGAACUACGGGAAGCGAUUAUUCCUUACCAGAAAGACGAAUGGGCUCUCUGCAGUAUAAGAAGCGCAUAAGUCAUCAAACAUCUACGCUUUCGGAAGAUAUUAAGCAUCAGUACAACAGUAGCAACGAAAGCAUCGGCUCCGUACAUUCAAAAGCACAAUUAUCAAAACCAAAGACAAAGGCAGUGAACAAUGUGCAAACUGUUUCUACAAAUAGUAGCAUAAUACCAGAAGUUACGAAGGAAUUGCGUUUGAUGCAACGGCCUGUGAGUGGCUAUAAAUUUGGGGAUGAUAGACUGGUUUUGGUGUCAAACCAACAUGUGCCAUUCGUAGUGUUUUCUGCUAUUCCAUAUAAUAAAGGGCAGCGUUCCAGUUGGUCAGAAUUACGCAAAGAUACGUGUCGAAGAAAAAACGUUUCAUCUCAAAGACCAUUGUCAGCAAUUAACGAUAAUAUUGACCCAUUCGGUUUACUGGGUAUAGAACACGGUAAAGAUGGUCAGGAAAUAUCUUACGGACAGUUAUUGGUACCAUCCAGGCAAUUCCUAAGGGAUAAAAAGCUGAAUCUAAGCGAGAACGAAGCUAUGGAAUUUGCGCAUUUUAUACCCAACAAACAUCACGUUGUACAAAGGUGUCUUUCUUAUGACACGGCUACAAAUCGUACUCAUUAUAUAACUUCCGAGUCUCCACCGCUGUCUUACAGUGCCGAGUCCAAAGUUUACGAAUGGGAUGAACAGUCCUCUCAGUAUAAUCCAAACUUAUUGGACGAUCCAGAACUUAUUGCUGGGAAACACAGAACGUUAUUAACAUUUACGUCGUACAUGGCAUCUGUUAUCGAUUAUGUAAGACCUUCCGAUCUAAAGAAAGAAUUAAAUGACAAGUUCAAGGAAAAGUUUCCACACAUUCAGCUGACUCUCAGUAAACUUCGCAGCUUGAAACGAGAAAUGAGGAAAAUCGCUAAACUGGAGUACGGCAUUGAUUUACUCACUGUUGCGAUGGCCUACGUGUACUUUGAGAAGCUUAUUCUCCGGAACAUCGUGACGAAACAGACACGGAAGUUAUGUGCUGGUGCUUGUUUGCUUCUUGCAGCGAAAUUGAAUGACGUAAAGGGUGAUAUCCUUAAGUCGCUCAUCGAGAGGAUUGAGGGUGUGUUUCGUUUAAAUCGUAAGGACUUAAUUACAUCUGAGUUUGCUGUGCUGGUAGCUUUAGAAUUCGGUUUGCAUCUACCAACGUGGGAAAUAUUUCCGCAUUAUCAGAGAUUAAUUUAUGAGUCCUGACAUCCUUUCGUAUUAUUUUUUUCACGCGGUCUCAGAGCCUCUUCAUAAGUUAAUCCUGGAACGGUAAAGCAUAUCCGUAAUAAGUACUCUUAAUGUUUGAAAGCCAUAUUAAUAAGCUCCAAGAAAGAACUAUGUUAUACACAUAUAUACAAUAUACUUGUUUGUUUUACUAUUUUGACAUGAUUUAACCAAUACUGCAAUAGUUUAAUCCGGAGGGACAUAUAAUCAAUGUAGGAGAUGAUUGAUUGAAAAAAAAGUCGUGAUUAUUAUAAGUUUCUUUUUUUUGUCGCAAGUUACCAAUGAAGUAAAUGCUGCAUGUUGUGAAUAUUAUUUUCUUACUUGAAUAAUUUUAACUGCUUGUUUAAAAUAUUACAUAAUUACACUAUCUGUUUAAAUGAGAUGUAGAUAUAUAGAUACGAAAGGCAGAAAGGAGAGAAAGAGAAAAAGGAACUGUAAAAUAUUUUAACUCUUGAUUCUUUUUUUUUAAUUAACGUUACGUCAAUGGUUUUGUGAUAUCAAAUUCUUUUUAGAUAAAGUAAUAAAUACAUACGUAAAUAGAUGUAUAGCACUUUUAUAGAUGUAAAACCUGUUCCGAUGAUUAGGCAUUUUUUCACACAAUUUAUUAUUUAUAUAUCAGAAUGUGUAUUCAGCUUAUAAUCUUAACUCAAUGAUAAAAAUAAUACAAGGGAAGACAUCUAAAAUAGACUAUCUGUAUAAAACUCUUGAUAUUUACCGAAAUAUGUUAGACAAAAAUAUUUUAAUUGGGACAAUUGGGCCAUAAUUUUUAUAUGAAGCAUCUCUCUUUAUGUUCUAAAAAACAAGUUAUUUGAAGAUGGUAUGUUUUAAAUGUCUUUCUCUGUAUAAUUAUAUAUUUCACAAAACCGCUACUAUUUUUCGUUGCAUCUUCUCUAGUAAAAAAAUUGUUACUUGAAAAUUUUACUUUUUCGAAAAUGUCUCAAUUUAGAAUUGCUGUGCAUAGAAAAAUCAACAGAAACAAAUAUGGUGUAUAAAUGUAAUGACACAUUUAUAGACAUAAAGUAUGAAUAUGGAAUACCAAAUGCAUGUGACAAAAUAUGGAAAUAAUUUAAGAGAAAACAAUUCUUACAAUACAUGAAUGAGAUAGUGUAAAACUUAAAAUAGAUCUACUUAUACAGCAACACGAUAAUGUUAAACACCGAUAUAGUUACUUUUCAUUUCUUGCAAUAAAAGAACUUAAUAAUACCAUAUAAUAAUAUUAUAUUAAUGCUAUGUGCUUAAAAUGUUAUUAAUUUACAAUAGUUACAUUCACCACAUAUUGAUGUGCAUGGAAAAAAUAUUAUAUAAAAAAUAUGGCAUAAAUUUCACAUACAAUGGAUUUUAUAUUAAAUUUCUAAUUCCUUUUUUUAUAAUUUUGAUAUCACAAAAAUAUAUAUUUUGUUUGUAAUAUUCGUGAAAAUGUAUUUUUUUUUGACGAGAAUUAUAUUUUUUUGUUUCUAAUUUGCAUUAAUAACAUACUUGUCCAAAUUUACACAAAGCUCGUAGACGUAAUUAUAUAAAUGUUAUUUGAAUAUGAUUGUGUUUGAUAAUUGUUUGUGUUUUGUUUGGAAAUUCUUUAUUUUGUAAUAUAGUAAAGUAGUUAUUUUAUUAUUGAGCUAUAUAUUUUAUUAUAAAACGGCAAACAGAGCUUACUUUGUCAUUUUAAUAAUUUUCAACUUUCCUGUUUAUUUCGUUUUAACUGAUUGAUCAUUGUUGUAAAUACUGCGGGCGAUAAAUGAGUGUGAUAAAAGUAACCUCUUGUAGCAUUGUAAAAAAAAGAAGAUAUUCUAUAUUAUAUUUUGUCACUUUACAUUAUAUUUAAGCUCGGCGAUGUUCUUUUUAAAGAUUGCUAAUAUAUUGCAAAUAUUUUGCAACAUUUGGACAUAUAUAGGUGUGUAGCCCUAUAUUUAGGAAAAUAUUAGGGAUAUAUAUAUAUAAGAUGUAUGUCUUUGUAAACUGUACCUUCAAUUAAGACUCGUAACAUUUUACUUAAGAACCCUAGUUAAAUGUGCAUCGUUAAUACAGUGUUACUUAUAUAUAUCUGACUCUAUGCGGAACUUAUUACACGUGCAACCCAGUGAGACUUACAUGUACCUAAGCUAUUAACUAUAGAAUGUGUAUGCGUUCUGCUCAAUUAUAUUUAUCCACAUAGAAUUGACGCCGCUCAAUGUUUACUUUCUACGCGUAAAGCAUAAACUUCUUAGAUGCUUUCUUCUUACAGCUGCUGCAUUUUGUCUUCAGAUUAUUAUCUGAGAAGGACACAAGCGUUGAUUAUUAAUCCAUCCCUAUAAUAUUAUCGAUUUUCUUUCUUCACUGUGCGUUUUCUUAUAAAUUGUCAUCAAGCUUUUCACGUACAAAAUAUUAGUUUGUAAUAUGAAAAGCAUACUAUAGAGAAUAUUCGGUCUGUAUUUCUAUCUCGAGUGUUUCGAGUUAAAUGUGACCACCGAAUUCUAAAUUUCAUUUAUGAAACAUGAAGACAAUAUGAUGCGAGUAAAGAAAUUAUAUGUAACUCCGAACUUGGACGUGUGAAUACACAUAAAUCUUCGUAUUUGAACAUACAUGAUAAUUGUCAAAAAUGUUAUAGUUUCUGUAUUGAUUUCUAUGACGUGGUACCACUUAUCUGUCUAAUAUACUGUAAGAUAAGAUGUGUUAAUAGCUUAGUAAAUAGUAGUACACGCUUCCCGGCGCGUACAGUGCUAUCAAAACCGUUUCCUAGGACUUUACAAUUUUUACAUAAAUUCCACAUUUUUACAAACAAGUUUCCAUUACAUGUCGCAACACUUUAUCAAAUAAUUGUAGGGACACGUGAGCGAUUCGUUCUUCGUAUUUGUGAAGUAUCACACGUAUGCAAACUGUUACUGCCCAUUGUCUUUCGACAUCAAUAUAAUUGUUCACAUUUGGAAAAAAAUUGUAUCGAUGCUGCUCUUCAUAAUUGGCAGAAUUGAACUGAAAAAAGCGAGUUUAUUCUAAAUAUUAAUGCGUAAAAGAAAUUGUUUACGUGUGCAUACGUGUGUACGUAAUGUAUAAUAUAAAAUAAUCUGUUUUACGUUACGUGUCUAAACUAAAGUCAACAAUAAUGAUGAUUGUAUGUUCUAACAUAUAGCAGUGUGUCAAUUAUACAAUAGUAGCAUAUAUUUGUAGCUGCAUGAUCUGCAAUUACUUCUGGAUAUUAUAUAUAAAUCCCGAAAAGAAAAUAUAUUUCUUUUUUCUCUGAUUUAUACUUCAUAUGAUAUAGUACUAUAUCAAUAUUAUACCGAUGAAAUGUUUGAAAUAUAUGUUUUGUUUUGUCUACAUUA